AUGGGAGAAGAACUCAUGCUGAGUCCCCAGCUGGAAGAAGAGUCACUUCCCCACUACGAGAGGAAGAAGUCAGCAAAUCUUCAUUAGCAGCAGGAAACUAGGAAGUGAGCGUACAGAAUUGUCUUUUGGAUAAAGGCCACUGCAGCAGCAAGAGCACCAUGAACAAAGCUCAUGCAAAGAACAACCCUUCAGCUGAAGUGUACAAGGAAGAACCGCCAGGCAGCCGCCGCAAAAUCGAGCGCUUUGAUAUCCCCUUGGAAGAUCUGAGGAGCCGAUUUGAGCCACCUGCUGCUGGAGGAAGGAAGGAAGUAGAAAUUGAGAGAAGUUUGCGAUCACCACCGGCAUUUAAAAAUCAGCCUGGGAGCCAUUCCAUCAUUCCCGUUAAAGACCCAGAAGCGAGAGGUGGCAAAACAGUUUUUGACAAGAUGUCAUCGGAAAAUGCUCAGAACAACAACUCUGAAGCUUCUACAGUCAGUCGAAAAUCUUUAAGUGGACGUUCAGAAGGCGGGACUAACCGGAGUGUGAAGGUGUCCUUGGAGUUUCAAGAGGUCGUCCCACUAAAGGAAAGGAUGGCUAUGUACCAGGCAGCAGUGUCCAAGAUGGAGGUCAGCAACUCCUCUGCUAAUGCCCUGGAGGAAUCAGAGGCUUGCAGGAUACCUGGAGGCCUGGCAAGUGUGAAGAACCAAUUUGAAAAAGGAGAAAGUGUCUCAUCACAGAAUGCUCAGUUCCAGCACAAGUCUGUACAGAAAGUGACAAGUCGAAGCCAAGCCAAGAUAUCAAGCAGUAGCACAGAAACCAAAGUCAAUGAAGUGUCUUCUAAAGAAACACAGCAGGAGACCUUUCAAUCAGAAAUGGUUUCUCAUCAAGAACAGACUUCCUUUGAGGCUCAGAAAGCUUCUAAUGUCACUCAACAUGUUAAUGAAACAGUGGUCAAUGCAGCUGUGAAUGAGGAGGUUCCUGUGGUUUCUACACAAUCUUUAAAACAGCACUUUGAAAAAUCAGCCCAGGGAAAGAUGUUUCAUUCUGGGAGAGAGAGUGGAACGCCUCCAAAGCAGAUCAAGAUUGAACAUGAGUAUCAAGAAAUGGUCUGGCCUUCUGCACCCUGUGCCCCUUCCACUGAAGCUGUUUCUACAAGUAGACAACAAGAAAUGUAUAUGGAGAGGAGAACAGAGUACGCAUCUGCUGCUUCAACUGCAGCCUACAGCAACUCUUCUAAGUAUGGGAGUACAGAGGAAUUUCCUCCCCCACCAUCUCCAGACUUACUACAGGCUACAUCUGAAAGUACAGAGUUUUCCCAGUCCCCUGAAUCCUCUCCCUCUCCAUCAAAACAUGCUCUUCCCAAAGAUUUGUAUUCCAAGCAAAGAAAUAUCUAUGAAUUGAAGCGUUUAUACAAACACAUUCACCCAGAACUGAGAAAGAAUUUAGAAAAAGAUUACUUCAAUGACAUUUCUGAGAUAGUCUCUAGUGACGUUGAAAUAACUAAUUCAGUAGCAGGAGAUGUACGUCAAGCUAAAUAUGUCUUUGAAAACACAGGAAGUAGCCCUCAAAAGUGCAUGAGCCCUGAAAGAGAAUAUUUGGAAUGGGAUGAAAUCUUAAAGGGAGAGGUUCAAUCUAUGCGGUGGAUCUUUGAGAAUCAGCCUUUGGAUUCCAUCAAAGAUGAAUCCCCAGAUCCAAACAAUGUUAAAAGCAUUGCAGAUCAAGAAAUCAUUGCAGGUGGAGAUGUAAAGUACACUACCUGGAUGUUUGAAACACAACCCAUAGAUGCGCUGGGUGCACAUUCUUCAGACAAUCCAGAAAGUACAGACAAAAUUCCUGAACUGGCUCGCGGAGAUGUCCGCACAGCCACUUGGAUGUUUGAAACUCAGCCAUUAGAUUCAAUGAAUAAAAUUCACCAUGAGAAAGAAGAAGAAUCUGAUGAAACCUCCAUUAGGGAAAUCACUGGUGGAGAUGUCAAAACAGUAAGGUAUAUGUUUGAAACACAGCAGCUGGAUAGUCUCGGACAGCUCUACUCAGUGGAUGAAGCUAAGUUGCUGCAGCUCAGAUCUGAAAUAAAGGAGAUUAAAGGUGAUGUGAAGAGAAGCAUAAGGCACUUCGAAACUCUCCCAAUGUAUGUUAUUAGAAAUAAUUCAGGCCAAAUGCUAGAGAUAAAAACAGUCCACAGAGAAGACCUUGAGAGAGGAGAUGUCAGAACAGUACGCUGGAUGUUUGAAACACAGCCUUUAGACAUGAUCAACAAAGAUUCUCUGGAAAUCAAAGUUGUCUGUGGAAUAUCCAUGGAAGAAAGUGUUAAAGGUGAAGUGGGCAGGGCAAAAUGGUUGUUUGAAACACAACCUUUAGACACUAUUAAAGAAGAGUCUGAAGAAUCCGUUGUGGAAAAAGAAGUCAUUCUAGGCACUGAUGUCUGCAGAAAAUGUUGGCUUUUUGAAACUCAGCCUCUUGAUACCCUAAAAGAAAGUGAAGAUACAAAUCCUGUAGCCACAGAAGAAAUAAUAGGAGGAGAUGUAAAUACCACUAAACACUUAUUUGAAACAUUGCCCAUGGACAUGCUCAAAGACAGCCCAGACAUUGGGAAGCUUCAAAAAAUGACUGCCACUGAGGAAGAAAAAGGGGAUGUGAGGCAUCAGAAAUGGAUUUUUGAGACUAAGCCUCUUGAACAGAUUAGAGAGGAAAGGAAAGAAUUCAUAAGAACUGUGAAACUUGAGGAAAUUGACAAGGGAGAUGUAAGCAGCUGCAAACAUGUAUUUGAAACAUGCCAGCUAAGUCAAUGUGAUGAUUCACAUAAAAUCCAUGUUGAAGGUGUAACAAGAGGUGCAGUAAAAUUAAAUCAAGCUGUUUUUGAAACAACUCCAUUAUAUGCCAUUCAGGAUAGCCUUGGGAAAUAUCAUGAAGUUAAAACAAUUAGACAAGAAGAGGUUUUAAGAGGGGAUGUCAGGAACUGCAGGUGGCUGUUUGAGACGAGACCCAUUGACCAGUUUGAUGAAAGCAUUGAGAAAAUUGAGAUCAUCAAAGGGAUAUCUUCACAAGAAGUACAGUCAGGUGAUGUGAAAACAGCUAAAUGGCUCUUUGAAACUCAGCCUCUUGACUCUAUUAAAUAUUUUAGUAAUGUGGAAGAUGAAGAAAGCAAGGAACAAACUGAAACAACUGAUAUUUUCAAGGGAGAUGUAAAAAUGUGUCGGUGGCUAUUUGAAACACAGCCAAUGGAGUCUCUGUAUGACAAAGAAGAGGCCAUGACAGAUAGUGAAGAGAUACGUAGAGGAGAUGUGAAAACAUGUACCUGGCUCUUUGAAACUCAGCCUCUUGAUGCAAUAGGGGAAGAAUCAGAGACAGCCAUAAAACUCCACACAGUUGAACAGGAGGAUAUCCAGGGUAGUGAUGUCCGGACAGCAUGUUUCCUUUUUGAAACUGAAAAUCUAGAAAAUAUACAAGGAGAAGAAGGCAAGGAGAUCAAGCGAGUUGUGGAAAUUGAUAUCCAGCCUGGAGAUGUUUCCACCAUGAAGUAUAAGUUUGAAAACCAGUCAUUAGAUUCAAUAAAUUUCAGGUCAGAGUCUGAGGAAGUUGUGAACAAAAUUAAAACCAUACACAGUGAAGACAUUCAUAAAGGGGAUGUUUUGCGUUGCUGUUGGCUUUUUGAGAAUCAGUCUAUCGAUGAAAUAACAGAGCAACAAGGGGAUAGGGCUGCAGUUAAAACUGUUACAGACAUACAGGGUGGAAAUGUGAGGAAAGGUUGUUUUAUUUUUGAAACACGUUCUUUGGACCAGAUUAAAGAGGAAUCUUCUGUAGAAGAUUUAAGCACCAAGAAAACCAUUAGUGAAGAAGAAAUAACAAGGGGAGAUGUGAAAAGUUACAGGAUGCUCUUUGAGACCCAGCCACUUUAUGCAAUUCAAGACAAAGAAGGAUAUUAUCAUGAGGUGACUACCGUUAAGAAGGAAGAGGUGAUUCAUGGAGAUGUACAUGGGACCCGAUGGCUGUUUGAAACAAAGCCCUUAGGAUCAAUAAACAAAUCAGAUAGUGUGUAUGUUAUAAAAUCUGUCACCCAGGAGGAUAUUCAGAAAGGAGAUGUUAGUUCUGUCAGAUACAGAUUUGAAACACAACCAUUGGAUACAAUUUCAGAUGAGGAAAAAUUCAUUGUACCCACAGUUGAUAAUGUUCAGGGUGGUGAUGUGAAGGCCAACAAGAAAUUAUUUGAAUCAGAAGAGCCCCAAGGAAGCAAGUAUAUAAGGACAGUGAGUGUUAGUGAAAUACAGCAAGGCAAUGUUAAGACAUCUACUUGGUUAUUUGAAACACAUACUAUAGAUGAGAUUAGAGGAGAAGGGUCAGAGUAUAAAGACAUCAAGACUGUGACAAAGGAAGAUCUGCAAGAAGGUGAUGUGGAACAUGCAGUGUGGCUUUUUGAAAACCAGCCUUUAGACUCCAUUAAAGAAACUGAUGAAAGCGAUACAAAAACAGAGAAGGAAGAAAUACCACAGGCAGAUGUAAAGACUACAACCUGGCUUUUUGAGACCACACCUUUCCAUGAAUUCAAUGAAAGAAAGGUCGAAAAGGAAGAAAUCAUAGGCAAAAGUGUGAAAGAAACUUUGAGAGAACUUUACUCUCACAAAGUUGUAGAAUCUCAUGGAAUUAUCUUAGAAGCAGAUGAAAUUGGAGAUGUCCGAAUGGCAAAAUAUAAACUGAUGAAUCAGGAGGCUCCUGAAAUACAGAAGGAAGAGAUUAUUAGAGGAGAUCUAGCCAACAUCAUGUUGAACUUGCUGUCUAAACAAAGCACUGUUGAACGGGAAACUAAAGUAAAUGAAGAUGAAAAGGGCAAUGUGAAUUUGACCAAAGAACAGCUGCUGAACAGAUCAACAGAUGUUCACAUUGAAAAAGAAGAGGUAGUAAGAGGUGAUAUACAGCAAGCUAUAAAAAAUCUGUUUAGUAAGGACAGCUCUGUAAAACGUGGAAUUUUAAUUCAGGAAAAUGAGAGAGGCGAUAUUAACAUGACAAUCUAUUCUCUCUUUCACAAAGGGGAUAGCAAUAAAACCCAGCAAGAUGAAGUGAUAGGUGGAGAUGUGAAGCGUACGAUUCACAGCCUUCUGGCUUCUGUAAUGAAUAAUGAAAUCUCAGAAAGAGCUAAAAUAGAUGAUUCCGAGAGGGGCAAUGUUCAGUUUUUCACAACAUGCAUAGAAGCUGGAGCUCUGGAUUAUCUGAAACGACUCCAGACAGGGACAAAUGAUACAUUUGCAAGGAGAAAUCAGGAAGAGGAGGUGGAGGAGGAGGAGGAGGAGGAGGAGAUAAUUGGUGGUGACGUUGAAGGCACAAAGCUGUUACUUAAGAAAAAGAAGUCUCAGAUUCAACGUACAGUUAAUGAAACUGACAUCAUCCCUGGAGAUGUGUGUAAUGCAGUUAAAAUCUUUAUGACUGAGCCAGAAAAUGCAUCUUGUCAUGUAUGCAAAGAAGAAAUUAUAAAAGGUGAUUUGAAGGCAGCUUUAAAUUCCCUCAGCCAGGCCAUAAAUCAAACAACUGUUACAGAGAAGGAAGAAAUUAUAAAAGCUGACAUCCUCGCAAUUUUGAAGUCUCUUAAAGAAUCAGCUUAUCGACUAAAAGAGACAGAAAAACCUGAUGUCAUUCCUGGUGAUAUUAAACAGGCUAUUGAAUCUCUGGAGAAAACAAUGCACAAACAAAAUGAAGUAUUCAGAGAAGAGGUUGUCUGUGGUGACCUUGAAUCCACACUAAGGUCUUUAAAAGCAGCCCAGCAAUCUUUCCAGGGAGUAGACAAAAAAGUAGUAGUCAAAGAUAUUCAGUCAUCUGUAGAGAACUUAUUUGAAGCCUCAGCAGAAAGGAAAACAAUACAAUACCAAGCAGGCACCGGUGGAGCCAUGAAAAGAACUACUGAGGUGCCGUAUGAGCCGUCAGAAAAGGUUGUCAAGAACCAAAUGAAUGUAACUGAAAGUGUACAAAAUAAUACCACAUCUCAUCAGGAACAUCAUGAAGGAAUGAAAUUUGAAAACAAGAGUUUCUUCAGUGAGGGUACCAGAGCAAUUCAUUUAGAUCAGAAACAGAGCACAAAGGCACAUGAUGCAGAUAAGAAAAAUGUGAAGUGCUUAUCUAAUGCCCAACACAAGGUCAUUGAAAAAGCAGAUAAGUCUAUGAAUAAAGUCAAAGUCCAGAACAUUGCAAAGAAAGAAGUGAAGAGUUGUACUGAUCAAUAUGUGACAGAUCAAUCAGCUUCUUGUAGGAAUGUUCAAAAGAGUGAAAGGACAGAGAAGUCAGAGUCAAGCAGAAUGCUGCAGAAAGACCAUUUAUCCAGUAUGGCACAGUCCUCAAAACAAACAGCUGGAAAGCAACAGAAUGUAGUUCAUGAAUGUAAAGAUAAAGAACGUUUUGACAUGAACAACCAAGAAGUGAUAAGAGAAAAAUCCAAAUUGUCAACAUACGAUCACAGCUCCAGUCACAGAGGUGAAGAGCAAAUGGUCCAUAUGUCAAUGGGCAUGAUUUCCAAGGUGACUGGUCAUUUUCAAAAGCAAGAGGUGCAGCAAGAUAGAAAACAAUCUCAGCAUUCAAAGGAGGUUUUGAAAGAGAAGAGAAAUAAUGUUAAGGCAAGCCAAGCUGCGGUUUCCAUGGCAUCAGAACAAAAUAUAAAAACCAAUCAAAAAGUCACAGCCAUACAGGAAAUGCACAGCCAAUUUAAAGAAGCUGAAAGGAAGCAGAAGUGUAAUGUUAUCCAGAAAAAUGAAAAAUCCAUGCUGAGGUUUAGAGGAAAGGCUAAAGUAGAAGCUGCUCAGUCAGACUUCAGAGCUCCGAUGAGCAAUCCUCUGAACCCAAACAAGGACCCUAAGAGCCCAGACAGAUCAGAAAUCGAUUCUCCGCCCCCACCUCCACCUCCUUCACCUCCACCUUCAGUUACUUCAUCUGAAGCUGACUUGCCUUUGCCACCACCUCCUCCUCUUACUCAUUUAAUGAUGGAUUCUGACAGACAAAGUUUUCAUUUACCUCCACCAGCAACAGGACAGGCUAAAACUGACUACAAUUAUUUUCCUCCACCACCCUUAACAGAAGACAAAUCUGAAAGUGAAUUGGUGUAUACCUUGCCUCAACCACCACUUCCUCAACCCUCUACUAUUCCUCAGCCAAAGCAAAAGAAAGAACAUUUCCUCAAAUAUCUAGACAAAACAUUACAACAAUCCAUUCAGCUUCAUGGCAGUGUGAAACCUGGUAGGGUCCCAUCCAUCAAGAAACAUCCUCAGAUAGAACUUUCAAAAGAGUUAGAAGCCAGCCAGCCUAAAAUGCCUCCAAAGAUUCAAGCAAGCAUUGUUCAGAUGCACAAAGAAAGUGAUAUUGCAAAAACAAUGGAAAAAGGCACAGAAAGCACAAUGAAGAGGAAUACUGUUAGCGAUGAGCAGAAAGAAGAAAGGGUCUCUACAAGACAUGAAGAGAUUAGAAGGCCUUCCUCGGUGACAGAAGUGAUCAAGAUGGACACAGCACCAAUCAAGAAAAUAAGGGCAGUUCCACUUGUGAGAUCUCCUUCUCUUCCAGCUGAGGCAACACAAAUGAAGCCUAAGCCUUACAUGCGGAAAUUUAAAACUCCGUUAAUGAUCGCAGAAGAAAAAUAUAGGCAGCAAAGGGAGCAGAUGGAGCAAAAGGAAGCCAAAGAUGUUUGUCACCUGGUUAUGAGAGGAAACAGUGACAAUCAGGGAGGCUCGAAUCAGACAGAAUCAGAAAAUGACCUGCUAGUUCCAAAACCAGAUGAACAGUAUCAAACCCCUCUGCAAGGUCCAUUGACCUCUGCAGCUCCAGAAAAGAUUAUCUCCACUGAGUCUGACUGUCAGGCAAAGCUGCAGAUUGUAGGAUUGCAGGCUGAAGAGCUGCAACCUAUGACACAUAGCAUGGCAGCACCAGCUGAACAGUCUCAGAACAUUCUGAAAGCCUCAACAGAAGAGCACAGUAGGAGAAAGGCACUGCACGAGUCACAAAAUUUUACAAAAGAAUAUGCAUCUUCUCAGAAUGUACAGAUCCAAGAAGCACAUACUAGACAUAAGACAGAGCAAUGCAAGAAUGAAGAGCACAUGCAUCUGUCCAAAAAUAAAACUAUGUCCCCUGCUUUCAAAGUUAGAACCAUCAAGCUUCCCACCUUAGAUCAACACAUACAUGAUACCCAGAGGGAUUCUGUAAUACACAAAAAACAAGAGAGAACUAGCAUUCAAAAUGUCAUCAAGCAGCAAAUGCAAGAGAAACAGAAAGAAAAUAUAAGCAGUUCUGUUCAGAAAAAUCAAAGCACUGCAAAGGCAAAUAGCCAGGCGCAUGUUGAUGAGAAGAUGCAGAGGGAAAAAACACUUGUAAAAUUCACCGAAGGCAGGCAAGAAGGAAGAGGCAAGGAAUCCAAUGAACUAAAACAAAGCUUAGUUCAAAGGAAAGACACAGGGAAAGAAGAAAUUAAACAAGAAAGAGUCUCACUAGCUGUAGAAGGAAAGCAGAGCCAGGUAAUCACUGGUCCUAAAGAAGAAAAAGUAAUACUUCAAAGAAAACAAGAGGUUAGCAGUAAAUCAGAUAAAAUGGUCAAGCAAAAAAUAAUUGAUAUACAUCAGGACUCACAGACUUUGACUUCUGAACAAAAGAAAAGUUUUACUUCAGAAACAAAAGUUCAGAAUAAAAAAUUGUCCCAGAAAAACAGUAGUAUACAAGAAAGGGACUGUGCCAAGGAGAGUGUGAGCCUUCCUAAGACAGCAGAGCCAACAAAAAAAUCCUUAUUGCCCAGUUCACUACGAGGAUUGCCACAGAGUAAUGAGAAAAGCUCAGUAGAUAUAUUACAGUUCUUGAGGAAACGUGAGGAGGUACAGGAGGUUUUGUCCAGAGUGAAGGAGUUGGAAAUGGAACCCAGUAAGAAUGGAAUCAAAUCCUUUCAGUCAUUCUUAAAUAUUAUUCCAGAGUGGCUUGUAGAACAAGAAAGGAAACAAAGCUUAACUUAUAUUGUUCAAGAGAAUAAUGUUCAAAAGAUGAAAGAAGAGCUAUCAGCUAUUAAACAUCAAGCUGCCAAAAUGCUUGAAUCAUGUGAAGUUGCAAUCCAAACAGCCAUGAUUUCCACAAAACCCCUGAAAACUAGCAAAGACUGUCUUAGUGUUAGCGGAGCAUCACAGAAAAUAGCUAAAGUAAGCAUUGGGUCUACAAGGAAAGAGUCACAAAGAACUAAAGAGGUUAUCAAAAACACAAUGGCACAUCAGGAAAUAAAACAGCAAGUCAGUGCACACAGAUUCUCAGAAAUUGGAACUUCUUCACCGUCGCUAAGGAUGCGAGCACCCUCACCUACUUACAUUACUAUUGAAUCUAGACGUAUUGAAUCUCCUCUCUGGGAAGUCAUGUCUCCUGUCCAAAGGGAAAGUACUCCAAUUCCACCAUCACCACCUCCCAGAUCUGCCACACCAACAUCUAAGAUUCAACAGUCAGCUGCCUCCCUCUCUCCUUCUCCACCAAGAAGUCGUUCUGAGCAACUUGCCAAACUUAAAGAUACCACUGUAAAACUCUCCCAAGGAGCAACACAAAAUAGAUCCAUAUGCCCAGUUCCUCUUAUGGAAAAACGGUCAGAGAUUGUUAAAUCUCCUGCAACACUCCGUCGACAAAUCAAGAUUGAGACACGGCAAUCUGAUGUUUCAUCUUCAAAUAUUUUACCUGUAAAUGAAUCACAAAUAACUGCUGGUACAGUGAAGAAAAUUAAAGAAACGCACGAAGAAUCCGAAACAAACAAGACAUCCAUCUACAAAAAGAAAGGAAACAUUCCAGAAGGCUUAGGGCCACAUGGACAAAAUGUAGAUUCUGUUUCCAUUACUGCAAAGUUUGAAGCUCCUAAGGCUCUUCCCAAAGAGCUUAUGCAUAGGUUUGAAGCAUCUGAGCAGCUGAUUCACGUAAGGAAGGAGCCAGAUGUACCCGAAAUCUUGAGCAAUAAGAGUGAGGAUAGAAUAGAUAUAUUGUUAGGAACAUUGGAUGAUAAGCCAUUAGCUGAGGUGAAAUCCAAGGAAAAGAUUGUUGAAAAUGGUAUAAUCAGUGGCAAAAUAAAGGAAGAAAGGGGCAGGCUUAGAAAGGAGAAAAUUGGCCAAACUUCUCAAGUGAGUGAGAUGCAAAAAGACAGUUUCCAAACAUUUCCAGGCAAGCGACAAAGAGAACCAAAGGAAAAUAAACCAAACAGGCAAAAGCAAUGUGUGGUUAAAGAGCACUCCUUUGAACCCAUGGUGUGCUUUGAUGCCAAGUCCCACAGGGAGUGCUCUUCUGGCAUGGACACAUUUGAGAGCACUGUGGUUGAAUCAAGAACUGCCACCUCUGCAUCACGAAGUGCAGAUGGGAUGCAGUCAGGUUUGGGCUUCAAACGUGCACCUCCAACAUACGAAGAUGUGAUCUCAGGGCACAUUUUGGAUAUUUCUGCGGCUGAUUCGCCUGAAGAACUGCUAAGGAAUUUCCAGAAGACGUGGCAAGAAAGUGAAAGGGUAUUUAAAAGCUUGGGCUACACUGUCUCAGAUGCAGCAGAAGCAGAAGUGAGAAGUAGCUUUCACGAGGAAGCAGAAUUUAUUAGUGAAACUGCAACUUCAGGGAAAGGAAACAUGCCUACUUUGUCAAAAGAGAGUUUAUCCAAUGGAGUGCCUGGUUGCCGACAAGCAGACCUUUCAUAAAUCAUGUUUUCGGUGUCACCAUUGUGGCAGUAAAUUAAGCUUGGGAAAUUACGCUUCUCUCCAUGGAAAAAUAUACUGUAAACCUCAUUUUAAGCAACUUUUUAAAUCCAAAGGAAAUUAUGAUGAAGGCUUUGGACACAAGCAGCAUAAAGAAUUGUGGAUUUCCAAAGAUCAAAA